AUGCAGCAAUUAGGCAUGGAAAUUGUUGAGGUAAAAGCACACACGCUUCGGCCCGUUAAUUCUUCUGUUACAGUUUGGCUGCCUGGUGUUAAAAGGAGGCCCGUAGGGGCGUAUUGUCAAGGGUCUGGUUCCUUUUUUGCAGUCCCGAUCUUACGACUGUCGCAUGCUUUUUCCGGAUGGGCGGCUUUUGCAGUGGCUGUUGGGUAUGUUUAG